CGCAUGACGAAUUCGUUCGCCGUUUGAAACCACCUUUCACUUCGUAGAAGCUUCUCCUUGCAAACCCUAUCGCCGCGGCCAUUGCCACCGCCGCCGCAGGUCGCACCCGAAAUCCGCCGCGUUUGGAUCCUGUAAACAAAGAGUAUGAAAUGGGCUUCGCUAAUACGACCCACGAAUUUGUUUCGUUUCCCAAUCGAAGCCAAGAAUUCGGUCUCGCGUAAAGUGAAGGACUUUAUGUGUCGAUUUGCUUCCGUACAGUUGAAUUCGUCGAACAAGUUCCUUUCUUAUCGGGAAAGGAAAAUUUGGAACUGGUUCCGGUUAUAAAUUUACAGCCAAUGAGAUGGAUUUGUCAGAUGCGGUCAUUGUGAAAUCCGGCAGAUUGAAAUCUGUUGUUUGGAAUGACUUUGAUAGGGUGAGAAAGGGAGACACUUACCUUGCCAUCUGCAGGCACUGUCAGAAAAGACUCAGUGGAUCGAGCGCCAGUGGAACUUCGCAUCUGAGGAACCAUUUGAUUCGGUGUAGGAAGAUAACCAAUCACGGGAUAGCGGAAUACUUUCUCGGCAGCGGAAAGAGGAAGGUGGAAAAGUAUGCGCUUGCAAAUAUCGAUCAUGACCAUGAUGAGCAGAGGAAGGAUGAUGUGCUUAGUGUUGUGAAUGUUAGGUACGAACAUGAGCAGUCCAGAGACGAUUUCACCGCGGUUGCAAGUGUGAGUCUGGAUCAGAGACGGAGCAGAUUUGAUCUUGCCCGGAUGAUUAUUUUACACGGAUAUCCUCUGACAAUGGUCGAAGAUGUUGGAUUUCGUGUCUUUGUCCAAAAUUUACAGCCUUUGUUUGAGCUCGUUGCAUUCGAAGGAGUUGAAUCUGACUGUAUGGAAAUCUACGCGAAAGAGAAACACAAGAUUUUCGAAUCACUGGAUAAGUUGCCCGGAAAAAUCAGUGUCAGUGUCGAUGUAUGGAAUUCGUUAGAAGAUGCCGAGUACUUGUGCUUGACAGCGCAUUAUAUCGACGAAACAUGGGGAUUGAAACAGAGGGUUCUGAACUUCUUCGUGACGGAUCCUUCUCAUACGGGCGAAAUGCAUGCAGAGGUCAUCAUGACAUGCUUAAUGGAAUGGGAUAUCGACCGAAAGCUGUUUUCCAUGACUUCGAGCCAUUCUCCUCCUUUCAGUGAAGAAGUGGCGAACAAGAUCCGAGAUCGGUUAUCACAGAACAAGUUUCUCUACUGUAACGGGCAACUGUUCGAUGUGAGCUGUGCGGUGAAUGUCCUUAGUCAGAUGGCUCAAGAUUCUCUUCAGACUUCUAGCGAGAUGAUAAUCAAGAUUCGGGAGAUGAUUCGACAUGUCAGAAGCUCGGAAUCCUUUCAGGAGAAGUUCAUCCGGUUGGCUGUUGAAGCCGGAGUCGGAAAUGGGAGGAAACUAUGUCUCGAUAGCCCGACACAAUGGGACACGACAUGUACUAUGCUCGAGAUUGCUCUGGAGUACAAGAACGUGUUUUGCCUUAUGAAAGAACAAGAACGAGAUCCUCGUUACAUGGCAUAUCCGUCUGUUUCGGAUUGGGAGAGGCUCGGGAUUUUCGUCGGAUUCUUGAAACUCUUUGUGGAGGUCACCAAUGUAUUCACCAAGAGCAAAUGCCAACCUGCCAAUAAGUACUUCCCCGAGAUAUGCGAUAUACACCUUCGUCUGAUCGAAUUGAGCAAGAAUCCCGACGAUUUCAUUAGCUCUAUGGCUGUGAAUAUGAGAAAGAAGUUCGACGAGUUUUGGGAGAAAAGCAACCUGGCUCUGGCCAUUGCUUCGAUCUUGGACCCGCGAUUCAAAAUGAAGCUGAUCGAGUAUUAUUACCCGCUACUGUACGGAGCUAGUGCUUCAGAGCUUAUCGACGAUAUCUCCGAGUGCAUCAAAGCUCUAUACAACGAGCACACCGUAGGGUCACUGUUGGUUUCAUCGGAACAAGCUUUCGAUUGGCAGCAGCAGCAGCAGCAGCAAUCGAACGGUGUUAAUGGAAAAGGGUUUUCCGACAGACUGACGGAAUUCGACAGGUACAUAAACGAUACCGAACCAUGUCAAGACACGAAGUCGGAUCUGGAAAAGUAUCUAGAGGAGCCUCUGUUUCCGCGGAACUCAGAUUUCGACAUCCUUAACUGGUGGAGGGUUCAUACGCCUCGGUACCCGAUUCUCUCGAUGAUGGCACGCAAUGUGUUGGCUGUGCCGAUGUCAACUGUCCCGGCCGGACACGCCUUCGGGACGAGGUUAAGACAGGUUGAUCAGAACUGGAGUUCGCUUCGGCCGAGUACUGUCCAAGCCUUGAUGUGUGCUCAAGAUUGGAUCCGUAGUGAGCUUGAAAGCCGAUAAAGAACGUUUCUUUUGGUUUCUAUAUUUGGUUCUUUGGUUUGUUUAAUUCUAACCCGAGGCGUUUAGCUGUGUACGACCAAAAAAAAGGUAUCAUUUCUUGUAUUGUACAGGAAUCAAAAAAAUAGUUCACGGUUUGGUGAUAGAAUUCUGGGUAAGAACAAAACCAGAUAACAUUGAAAGGUACAGAAUGCCAAUCUCUUCCGACAAAAGAGUUGAACCACAAAAUUGCGGCUGUUCAAUUAAAACCGGCAAGGGGGGUUUCGGAGAGAAAUAAUAGAAUCCGAUAAUUUAAACUAACAAGAAAAACGAAAUUACAGGAAAAAAAA